AACAGUGACAAUUGAGGAGUUCCAUUGUAAGCUCCAGGAGGCCACAAACUUUCCUCUUCGUCCUUUUGUGAUUCCAUUUCUCAAGGCCAACCUGCCCCUCCUGCAGCGAGAACUGCUGCACUGCGCUCGGGCAGCCAAGCAGACUCCGUCCCAGUACCUGGCCCAGCACGAGCACCUUCUGCUCAACACAAGCAUCGCGUCGCCGGCUGACUCUUCCGAGCUGCUUAUGGAGGUGCACGGGAAUGGGAAGAGGCCCAGUCCAGAGAGGAGAGAAGAGAAUAAUUUUGAAAGAGAUACAAUUGCUCCUGAGCCUCCUGCCAAGAGGGUGUGUACCAUCAGCCCUGCUCCCCGGCACAGUCCUGCCCUCACUGUGCCCCUCCUGAAUGCUGGAGGCCAGUUCCACCCUACUCCACCACCUCUCCAGCAUUAUACUUUAGAAGAUAUUGCAACUUCACACCUGUAUCGGGAACCCAGCAAGAUGCUAGAACACCGAGAAGUCCGGGAACGGCACCACAAUCUUGGUCUGAAUGGAGGCUAUCCAGAUGAGUUGGUAGACCAUCGUUUGACAGAAAGGGAAUGGGCUGAUGAAUGGAAACAUCUUGACCAUGCUCUGAACUGCAUCAUGGAGAUGGUAGAGAAGACAAGGCGCUCCAUGGCAGUUCUGCGGCGCUGUCAGGAGUCUGAUCGUGAAGAGCUCAACUACUGGAAAAGGCGAUACAACGAAAACACAGAGAUGAGGAAGACGGGGACUGAGUUGGGCUCCAGGCAGCACAGCCCUGGGAGCGCAGAUUCUCUCAGCAAUGAUUCUCAGCGGGAGUUCAACAGCAGGCCAGGGACAGGAUAUGUACCUGUGGAGUUCUGGAAAAAAACAGAAGAAGCUGUGAAUAAGGUGAAAAUUCAGGCCAUGUCAGAAGUUCAGAAGGCUGUCGCUGAGGCAGAGCAGAAGGCCUUCGAAGUGAUUGCGACCGAGAGGGCGCGAAUGGAGCAGACCAUAGCAGAUGUCAAGCGGCAGGCCGCAGAGGAUGCCUUCCUUGUCAUCAACGAGCAAGAAGAAUCCACGGAGAACUGCUGGAACUGUGGCCGCAAAGCCAGCGAGACGUGCAGUGGCUGCAACAUCGCACGCUACUGUGGCUCUUUCUGCCAGCACAAGGACUGGGAGCGGCACCACCGCCUCUGUGGCCAGAGCAUGCAUGGCCAGAGCCCCCACGGCCAGAGCCGGCCGCUGCUUCCCGGAGGGAGGGGCUCUUCCGCCAGGUCCACUGACUGCAGCGUGCCCAGCCCCGCUCUGGACAAGACCUCGGCAACCACCUCACGAUCCUCAACACCUGCCUCCGUGACAGCCAUUGACACCAACGGACUCUGAGCCUCAGACUCCACUUCUCCUGGUGACCACUUGGCAUGACAGAACUCUAGCACCAGGGGGACUGGCUGUUGGUCAUCUGCAGGAAACAACUGGACACAGGAGGAGUCCGGCCUCCGGGCACGUGCCGUCUGUGUCCUUGUGGAAGGGUUGUGCCAUUCUUCCUGCACGUGGGCAGCUGGCCUGAGCUGCUUCCUCCAUGGCUUUCUUGAUGUGUUCCCUCCCAGUGGAAGCAAUGCCCCUUUUCAGUGUAGACCACCAGCUCCCCUCUCUGCCUCCCUGAGUCAGCAGACUGCUGACUGUAGUCAGCCAGGCUCCAUUACCGUCCUCAUGUGGUGGAGGCUGGAGGCUGGCAGCAGGCUGUGGAGGCCCUUCUUGACGGAGUGGCCCUCUAGCCCCUGAACAGCUCCUUGCGCUCCCUGCCCUUGGAAGGCGACACUGCUUGGCCUCCUGGGGACUUGGGUAGGCAAAAACGGCACUCAGGACACCCCCACCCUGCUCUCUAGGUUUAAGAUACUUGGAAUCAACAGGAAAGACGUCGCCAUUUCAAUAAAAGCUCCAGAAAUGAGAAUGAUUAAAUAAAUGCA